AUGGGGCUGUCGGAAGCGUUGGGUCAGAGGGACACAGAGGCACUGUUGCCUGUGACGCAGGCCAUGGAGCUGAGGAAGCGAAACUACUACGUAGAACGGCCACUGCUGAAUCAGGAACAGCUGGAGGAGCUGGGAUGCUUGACCUCAGCCACCGAGACCCACCAGUGGCGAACCUGGUUUCAGUGCUCCUACACUCGGGCCCGAGCCCUUCUCCUCCAACACCUCCCAGUUUUGGCGUGGCUACCCCGGUAUCCCGUGCGUGACUGGCUCCUAGGUGACCUGUUGGCUGGCCUGAGUGUGGCCAUUAUGCAGCUACCACAGGGCCUGGCCUAUGCCCUCCUUGCUGGACUGCCCCCCGUGUUUGGCCUCUACAGCUCUUUCUAUCCUGUGUUUAUCUACUUUCUGUUUGGCACUUCCCGGCACAUCUCCGUGGGUACCUUUGCUGUCAUGUCUGUAAUGGUGGGCAGUGUGACGGAAUCCCUGGCCCCGGAUGAGGACUUCCUGCAGGCUGAGAAUGCUACAGUCGAUGAGGAGGCCAGAGAUGCUGCCCGGGUGCAACUGGCCGCCACACUCAGUGUCCUGGUCGGCCUCUUCCAGGUGGGGCUGGGCCUGGUCCACUUCGGCUUCGUGGUCACCUACCUGUCAGAGCCUCUGGUCCGCGGCUAUACCACAGCUGCGUCCAUACAGGUCUUCGUCUCGCAGCUCAAGUAUGUGUUUGGCCUCCAACUGAGCAGCCGCUCUGGGCCGCUGUCCCUCAUCUAUACAGUUCUGGAGGUCUGCUGGAAGCUGCCCCAGAGCGUGGUUGGCACUGUGGUCACCGCAUUGGUGGCAGGAGUGGUGCUGGUGCUGGUGAAACUGCUGAAUGACAAACUGCAGCGACAUCUGCCCCUGCCGCUCCCUGGGGAACUGCUCACGCUCAUCGGAGCCACAGGCAUCUCCUAUGGCGUAGGUCUGAAGCGCAGAUUUGGGGUGGAUGUCGUGGGCAACAUUCCUGCAGGGCUGGUGCCCCCAGUGGCCCCCAACCCCCAGCUGUUCGCCAGUCUUGUGGGCUAUGCCUUCACCAUCGCCGUGGUUGGUUUCGCCAUUGCCAUCUCACUGGGGAAGAUCUUCGCCCUGAGGCACGGCUACCGGGUGGACAGCAACCAGGAGCUGGUGGCUCUCGGCCUCAGUAACCUCGUCGGGGGCAUCUUCCAGUGCUUCCCUGUGAGCUGCUCCAUGUCCCGCAGCCUGGUACAGGAGAGCACCGGGGGCAACACGCAGGUGGCUGGGGCUGUCUCCUCCCUCUUCAUCCUCAUUAUCAUCGUCAAACUUGGGGAACUCUUCCAAGACCUGCCCAAGGCAGUCCUGGCAGCCGUCAUUAUCGUGAACCUGAAGGGCAUGUUGAAGCAGUUCACCGACAUAUGUUCCCUCUGGAAGGCAAAUCGAGUGGAUCUGCUCAUCUGGCUGGUGACCUUUGUGGCCACCAUCCUGCUGAACCUGGACCUUGGCCUGGCCGUUGCAGUGGUCUUCUCCCUGCUGCUUGUGGUGUUCCGUACGCAGCUGCCCCGCUACUCUAUCUUGGGGCAGGUGCCAGACACGGAUAUUUACCGAGAUGUGGCUGAGUACUCAGAGGCCAGGGAGGUCCCAGGCGUGAAGAUCUUCCGCUCCUCAGCCACCAUGUACUUUGCUAAUGCUGAGCUCUACAGCGACGCACUGAAGCAGAGGUGCGGUGUGGAUGUUGACCACCUCAUCUCCCGGAAGAAGAAGCUGGUCAAGAAGCAGGAGCAAAAGCUGAAGCGACUGAAGAAGCUCCAGAAACAGACUGCCGCCUCCAAGGACACUUCUGUUUCUAUUGAAGUCAACUCCAGCACCAGAGACAUGGAGAGCAACAACAUGGAGGACUCCAAGAUGCAGGUGAGCACAGGGAAUGAGCUAGAAGGUAUGGCAGCCAGCGGUCAAGAAGAUGCUAAGGCCCCAGAUGUGACCACACUGAAAGCCCUGGGCCUGCCUCAGCCGCACUUCCACAGCCUCAUCCUGGAUCUGGGAGCCCUCUCUUUUGUGGACACUGUGUGCCUCAAGAGCCUGAAGAAUAUUUUCCGUGACUUCCGAGAGAUCGAGGUGGAGGUGUACAUGGCUGCCUGCCACACCCCUGUGGUUGCCCAGCUUGAGGCUGGGCACUUCUUCGAUGCAUCGAUCACUAAGCAGCAUCUCUUUGCCUCUGUCCACGACGCUGUCCUCUUUGCCCUCCAACACCCGAGGUCCAGCCCUGCCAGCCCUGUUUUGCUUCAGGAAGUCCACCCUUCCUGGAUGGAUCUGCCCCUGGUGGACCCAUUGCUGCCCCUUCCUGCCUUUAGCUGA